AUGGGCUAUGAAAUUCGCGACAUCAAAAUGGUGUUGGCAGUCGCGACAGUAAUUCUGGUUCUCGACGAUUUCGAUCAAAGACAAACGUCGACUAGAGAAACGAACCGAGUCAUCAAUGAAAUAAGGGAGCUGGGCCAGCGUCUUGAAGAUGCGACUAUCCGGAAAUUUCACAAGCGUUUAACCCGUAAUCCCGCUGAUGAAACCAUAGAAUUUAUUAGGCUAUGGGUUGAUAAUGAGCGAGAAUUAGAUACAGAGGUAGAAGAGGAGGAAAAUAGUGAUAGCUCUGGACCUAGCGGGACGAGAGAAUAG